AAUUUAGUUCUUCGUGGCAUUUCCGUGAUAUCACUAGUUCAAAAAAUACCGAGACAAUGGUUUUUUAUCAGUGUUUUGAGUUUUACUUUUGUACUCGGGAGAAAGUCCAGAGACUGUAAUAACACGAGAAAAUUUUUUAUCGAGUGGGUCGUGCAGUUGGUUCAGGCCGACAGUGCCAAGUCAGCCUUGCCUUGGGACAGUACGUGCCUCCCCGAGUUCUCUAUUUCUCCAGAUUAAACAAUAACUCUUGGACAAUAUUGACUAAUUGGUCAACAGUCAUUGAAUAUUCAAGGGAAUGUGAACUGUUGAUUAGACACUAAUUAUAUGAAACGAGAUAAAUCGAAGAUUCAACUGUUUCAAGAUAUCUCAGUCAACCUGUUGAUUCAAAAAAAUAGCGCGCAUAUACCUUGACACUGACGCCUGCGCACUCCUAUAAUGAAUGAUACGGGUCACGUGACACCACCACGGAGGGACUAUUGUGGUAAUGUCGCUGGUGGUUCACGCACGCAAAAUUUCAUUAGAAAGAAUCAAUUAGACUCACCGGCUUUUAUCUGCCUAUCCUGUUUCUGCAUUGUUCUUGGAUUAAUCUGCACUCUGACGAUUACUCUAUUGAUCAUCACGCAAUCAUCGCAAACACCUCACGAUCCAGAUAGUCCGCAAGCCUACUCGAGGAUGACAUCAAAAGACCAAUCAACGGACAUUAGAUUUCGUUUAUCACCAGCGGUCAAGCCCAUUGACUACGACCUCUACCUCCACCCUGACCUGGUGCAAGGUACCUUCUCAGGGCACGUAACAAUCCUCAUCCGCGUAGAAAGUAAGAGGAACUACAUAGCACUCCACCAGAAGGACCUGAACAUAACGAAAGCAAGUUUGAGGACCUUCGACCGCGAAGAGAACCACGAGAUCCCGAUAAAGGACAGAUACACAGUCGAGGCACUUGAGGAAUUGGUGGUCACCUUCAACGAGGACAUCCCCGAUGGCAUGUACCAGCUGGCUUUCGACUUCGAGGGUGCCCUCCAGCCGGACAAGAUCGUCGGCUUCUACGCAAGUCGCUAUAAGGACGAGCACGGCCAGAACAAGGUGAUAGCAACAUCGAAAUUCGAGCCGACCUACGCCAGAAGAGCAUUUCCCUGCUUCGACGAGCCCUCCUUCAAGGCCCACUUCACCAUUAAGCUUGUUCAUCCAACAGGCGAUGGCUAUCACGCCCUCUCCAGCAUGAACGCCGAGAGUGCUGUCAUCAACGAGCCCGAUCUAGGCCUGACAACGGUGACAUUCGCCAAGAGUGUGCCCAUGUCCACAUACCUCAUCUGCUUCAUAGUCAGUGACUUUGUCUCCGUAACAGCGCCAGCAAGAAAACUCAACGAAACCGAAACAUUUACCAUAAGUGUCUACACAACCAGAGCUCAGAAGGACAAAGCAGCGUUUGCUUUGGACAUUGGUGUCAAGAUCAUCGAGUUUUACACAAAGCUCUUCAGAAUUGAUUAUCCACUACCCAAACUCGACAUGGCUGCCAUUCCCGACUUUGUUUCUGGGGCCAUGGAGAACUGGGGACUGAUCACUUACAGAGAAGCGAGACUACUUUACGACAAGCAGACCAGUUCUACUGCUGAUCAAGAGGGCAUUGUUCAGGUCAUUGCUCAUGAAUUUGCUCACAUGUGGUUUGGCAAUCUAGUCACAAUGGGCUGGUGGCACGACUUGUGGUUGAAUGAGGGUUUUGCUAGUUACAUGCAGUACAAGAGUGCUGACGCCAUUCUACCGGAUUGGGGGGUCAUGAACAGAUUCUUGCCGGAAACACUUCAUCCGGUUUUUAUUACUGAUGCCAAACUCAGCUCACAUCCUAUUGUACAAACUGUUGCUAAUCCUGAUGAGAUUACUGCCAUUUUUGAUGUGAUAACUUAUAGCAAGGGUGCAUCAGUCCUCCGUAUGCUGGACAACUUCGUAGGAUCAGAAACCUUCAACUGGGGUGUAACGACAUACCUAAACCAAUUCGAAUACAGCAACGCCGAGACCGCUGAUCUCUUCCGAAUUCUGCAGACAUCAGCGGGAAAUAAAAUCAAUAUCACAGCGAUAAUGGAUACCUGGACGAGGCAAAUGGGCUUUCCCGUGGUCAAUGUCACGAGAAAAGGUACGACAUUCACCCUCACCCAGAAGAGAUUCCUAGCCGAUCCAGACGCUGUAUACGAUCCCACCGAGUCCGAUUACGGUUACAAAUGGACAAUUCCAAUUACCUACAUAACCGAUCAGAAUGCAGUACCAACGUUAAUUUGGUUCGACAAAGACGCCCCUAAACUCGAGAUCAAACUGCCCGAACCAGCCGAGUGGGUGAAGUUCAAUCACGAUCAGGUGGGGUAUUACCGAGUCAACUAUGACAUCCAGGAGUGGAAUUCAUUCGUUGAAGUGCUGCAAAGCCACCACAAGAGGCUGUCUAUUUCCGACAGAACUAGCCUUAUCGAGGAUGCCUUCAGUUUGGCUCAUGCCUGUCAGUUAGACUACACCAUUGCCUUGAGCAUGACGUCUUAUCUUGAGAAGGAGCAGAGCGCCACCCCCUGGAGGGUGGCUGCUGCCAAGCUGAAGGACAUUGAUAAACUUCUGGCGUCGACUGAUGUCUUGCCAAAGUACAGGCAAUACCUCAGGAAACUGGUGGACAGUCCCUAUCACGAUGUCACAUGGCAGGUGGACGAGUUUGAGGACCACGACACACGUAGACUGAGAUCAUCAGUUCUGAAUCUUGCCUGCACUGUUGGGCAUACUGAAUGCCUCGAUGACGUCGGCGAAAUCUUCAAGAAGUGGAUAGACGAUGUAAGAGACGUGAGGCCCCACCCGGACAUCAGGGAAGCUGUCUACAAGUAUGGAAUGAGUCAUGUUGGCAAGGAGGCUGAGUGGAACGUGAUGUUCCAGAGGUUUAUCGAUGAGACUGAUGCCAGUGAGAAACUCAAUCUCCAGCGAGGACUGGCUGGAGUCCAGUCCAGUUCGCUUCUAAGUAAAUUCAUUGGAAUAGCAGUUGACGAAAAGCAUGUGAGGUCUCAGGACACUUUCGGGUGUCUUCUGGCAAUAUCCAGGAAUCCCAUAGGUACCCCUCUAGUUUGGGACUGGGUCAGGGAGAACUGGGAGUUCUUGGUGAAACGGUACACGCUGAAUGAUAGGUAUUUGGGACAGUUGGUACCUGGAAUAGCAGCUUCUUUCGCUACUGAGAUUAAGCUGCAGGAGUUGAAGGCUUUCUUUGAUAAGUAUCCGGAGGCUGGGGCCGGGAAGGCUUACAGGGCAAGGGCUCUUGAGACUGUCGCUAAUAACAUUAAAUGGGUGAAGAUUAAUUCUGAGAAAAUUGAUAGAUGGUUGGAUUCUGUUAUCAAGUGGUAGAAUGUUGUCAGUGAAUGUUGAAAUCAAGAAUUAUCAAUUUCACUAUUCUACCAAAUUUAUGUAUGAAGUUACGAUAUUUUCUGUAUUUACCCUCCAUAUUUUGUAAUUUUUGUAAAUUAACGAGUAAUAAAUUUAAUAUUUCUAUUGACAA